AUGACUCCUCCAGUUUCCGUAGGCGAUGUCUAUCUCAUGGGAAAAUUAGCAUUGAAGCUUGGCCGUGCCUUCACCAAAGGCCGCAAAUCAGCGCCAGCCGAAUUCCAUGAAGUCGAAAACCAGCUCUAUUCAUUAAGCAUCGCGCUAAAUGCGCUAGAGCACGCAAACUCCGAAGGAAACGUUGUUUUCUCCUUAACCCAGUCUCACCCUGCAAGUGCAACACUUCCAGAGCAGACUGAGCCAAGCGAUUCGGUAGGCGUUAUGGUGCGGAGUUGUGAACAAACGUUAAAGCAUCUCGAGACUAUUGUUGAGAAGUACAGCGAUAUAGGAAAAUCGCGCGAGUCUGGGGAGCCAAUACUAAAACGCUGGAAACGUACUCUGAAAGACAACUGGAAGAAAGUGGCUUGGACUACUGAAGGCGGUGAUCUUGCCACUUUGAGGAGUCAGCUCGCCGUUCAUAUAAACAGCUUGAACUUAGUGUUAGGGGUUGUCAACAAUUCCCAAACAGUCAGGCUAGAAGACAAUCUGGAGAAGGUUUCGACAAUGCUAAGAGAAAUCCAUGUAUGGUUUGUAGAGAAUUUGAAAGAGACUACAUCUCCUACCCAACGCGAGGUCAGCAUUAGCCAGGUACAAAAUCUGCCAUCACGAGACCCUCGGUUUGAGCUGUACGUGGAAGCCGAUCAAGGUCUUAUCCUUCUCUGCAACUGUGCUUCCCUGCAUCCAAAGUGGAAUGAAAGACCUUCCGAUAACAUACAAGUGUCAGAGAAUCUGUUCAAGUGUUGCUGUCCUAACGUGGACCCCCAUAAUGACAUGCCACCACACCAAGAGAAGCUUGCAACAUAUGGAUUAUCACCGCUCAGUUUUCCACUAAAAUUGAUGGGUAAAGUGAGAUCUUGGAUGCUCUACAAAGCCACAGAAAAGACGACCAAUCGACUUGUCUCGUUAAUCAUUAAGAAAGUUCCACUGCGCAUCAUGACUGAGUUUGAGGAAACAUUUAUCCAAGAAUUUGGAGCCGCGAUGGCUGGUGCAAUGUUAAGUCGUGGUCUGAGCACCAUGCUUGCCCAUUUCAACCCAGCCACACACGAAUGGCGUAUACUUCAUCUCACGGGAGACACAACCGACAUCCAAAAAUCUGUAGACACGGUUACAUUUUCCGUCGGUCAGCGAUCUUACACACGAGGCUCCAUCGAAGCUAUAAAACUGCUGCACUAUAAAGCACUGAGCAACAACACGCAAAACAAUCCUCCUAAUGCAUUCUGCUAUGUAGAUAGUGCUGAAAUUGCGGUGUUUUUCGAUGAACAGGAAUCUGAGGCCAACGGAGAUAUCAAUAGCACAACCUUACACAUACGGCAUGAUACUCAGGUUCUAAUAGACGAGUCUGCAGGCAAUGUAAAACUUAAAUCUGUUGAAUGCACUGGGUUAGGUGCAGGCGAGAACUCAGAUAUUGCUAGCUGCGCAGACGUUGUCUUCAAAUUUACCACUACCACCGCUACCAAACAAUUCAAUAGACAGGUGGGGGAGAUGACAAUGGAGCUAUUCGUUAUGCAUCUGCAAUCUCCUCGCAAAAAUGAAAAGUGCAUACUAAAACUGCAAGCUAGUCAGGUCCGCUGUGAAGUAUUUCAUAUGUCUGACGCCGAAAUCUCUAUCGUCAGUGAUACCACCAAGAAUAGACCCCGCCUCAUAAUCGUCAGUCACAACGGCUGCUCUAUUGCAGUAGCAGACGAUUUCACCACUUCGCUUCAGACUCCCGGUCAACGGCCAAAUUUUGCCUCCCCUACUUACUUGGUCCAGAUUGAGGAAUCUGGCGCGCGCGAGGUGCAUCACUAUAAGCGUGGAUUCGAAUAUUUAGAUUUUUCGAGCGUGCAAAAUGGGCGGUUGUUUGAAUUGGGUCUUGCGACGCUUGCGGCUGUAACCUCGGGCGCCGUUAUGGUCUCUCCCUUACAACUAGGAAAACAGAAUGCCGAUACUUGGUCAUCGGAUUCCGGAGCUGAGGCGAAAGAAAACGAAGCACGACAAUCCUCGAUCGAGUUUAUGUAUCAUAAGCAGCAACUAGCCUCUCAACCGGCCAAGCAAUUCGCGUACCAGUUAUCGCUAGAAGAAGAUCGCCUCGGUCGGCGCACAAAAGAUGUUUCUGAAAUUGCGAGAGAAUCCGUCAAGGCUUCUUGGGUUCAACAAGGUCUCUGGAGGCCGAGUUUUGAGCAGUGGAUGUCUGGCGCUUACUUCUAUGCUGGGAGGUGGAAACACGAACUACCGCCUGACGCCGAGUCUGAUGAUUCGGAUGUCGAUGGAUUAGAAACCCCUCUUUCUAAAGGAGAGAAGCGUCGGAAGAGAGAACCUACCAUCAAGGCUCCGAAAGCAACUAUAUCAAACAAAGAGGAUGUAACUUAUCUCUGCCAAUUGACGGCCCACGAUCAGCGGGAGGCCUCUCGACCUUAUCACCAAUUCCUCUACCAGAUGUCUAAAGCUCAAGAACGAAGCUCUCAGAAUCCGCCAGAUGAUAAGGUAGUCGCAUAUAGUGCGAGUGAUUACGAGGUCAACACUCGGGCGUAUAAUCUCGUCAAAGCAUCCUGGAUGCGGCAAGGGAUUUGGUGUCAUAGGUGGGGUAUCCUUCCCGGCAUGUCAUGGAAGCAUGAACUCGCGUUCGAUAUUCUCGGAGAGGAGGCUGAUUAUUUGGCAAACAAUGAUCAAUUGAAGGUUAUUGAGGCUGUCGGUUCUUCGUUAGACUUGCAGUCGGGUUUAGACCCGGUGUCACUUGCACCUUCGACGUCGCCUGUGUCAAAUGUAGCACCCAGCCCAAUUUCUUCAAAGUUGCCAAAUACUGAAAUACUCGGCAACGUCUCGUAUCUCGUUCAAGAUCCUUUCCCAUGGGGUAGGCCAGAUAGUACUACAUCACCUUCCCUUUUCGCCAUCAUGUGCGCGGAAGCUGGUAUAUCUGACCCUCCAACACCUGGACUUCCGGAGAGCGGUAGCGAAGAACUUCCAUAUACGGAGAGUGUUUCCCUGAAAACUGAUACGACAAGCAGCCCAAAACUCAUCCAGCCUACUUUACCUAAUAUCAGCCCAAACCUCACUAGUAUAUCGUCAAAGCAAUCCGAAGACACGAACAUUAGGCCGUAG